AUGAAGGUGAAGCUGUGCGGAGCGGGCGGCGGGCGGCUGGGGACGCUGGCGGGCCUGGGCAGGAGCGGGGCCGCCGCCCUGGCGCUGCCGGGCUGCCUGCUCUACACGCGGACCGGUUCGGCGCCCCACCUCACCCGCGACACCCUGCAGGCGGUCGGCGGCGUCCCCGCCGUGGCACAGCUCACCCUGCCAGCCCUGGCAGAACUUCAUGAUGUCCUGGAAGAAUAUAAAGAAGGAGCUGCAAAAUUUAUAGGUAUGCCAAAUGCAGUGUUGUACUGCUCCCUUCAUGACCCGGUCACUCCCUGUCCAUCUGGCUACAACACUAACAAGACAGUGUCCCUGUGGGGAAACUCAGGGCGCAUGGAAAUGACAGCUUCCAAAUUCAUGGACAUACAGCGGGCCAUCCAGCCAGACUGGUUCCAGUGCAUCUCUGAUGGAGACACCAUUUCUGGGGAAGUUGGUAGAAAAAGGGCCAAGAAGUCUGUGGAUAGGUCACUUUCAUUCCUGGAUGUAUGCCUUCAGCUGCUAGAAAAAUCACCGGAACUACAAGGAAGUGUAAUGUUUGGGGCAAUUGAAGGUGGAGAUAUCUUGGAAGAGAGGCUCAGAUCAGCCAGGGAGACUGCCAAGCGACCUGUGGGUGGCUUUCUGCUAGAUGGCUUCCAGGGAUGUGCCAUGGCCAAGGAGACCAAGUUGAAACUGAUAGCUGCUGUCACAGCAGAGCUGCCAGAGGAUAAACCAAGAAUCAUCCAUGGUGUAGGCAAACCAGAUGAGGUGCUUGAGUGCAUUGAAAGGGGAGUGGACGUUUUUGAGAGCUUCUUUCCCUUCCAAGUGACAGAGCGAGGCUGUGCCUUGGUUUUCAGUUAUGACUGCCAUCCAGAUCCUGAAGCAGCAGUUUUAAAACAAAAUGGCGCCCAGGACCUGGAGAAGAAUGAUGCUGAAGAAGACCAGGAUGAAAUCUCCAAAGCUGACCCAGAAAUGACACCAUUUGAGAUAUUUCUGAAGGACAAAAGAUACCAAGAUGAUUUUGGUCCUUUGCUGGAAGGAUGCACCUGUUACUGUUGUCAGAGGCAUACUCGCGCCUAUGUCCAUCACCUCCUCGUGACCAAUGAGCUGUUGGCCGGUGUCCUGCUCAUGAUGCACAACUUCCAGCACUACUUCAGUUUCUUCAGUGCCAUACGGGAUGCCUUAAGAGACCAUAAACUGGAUCAGCUGAAAAAGCUUGUCUUCAGGCAGGCGCUUCAAGGCCCAGCAAAUGCAAAGCCAGGCCAGUGAGUUCAGAGAGGAUAGAGGAGGUUGCAGGCUACAUCCUUAUCCAGUGGGACUGUGUAAGGUGGACUGCCAGCAGGGUCACCUGGACCUGUUAGUAGUAAAAUGUCUUCCUUCCUGGAGGGAAUUGAAGGAGACAUUUGAAGAAGAUCUCACUUCCUGGCGGGGAAGGAAGAUCUUAUUCAAACAUCCCUUUCGGUUAAUUGGCUUGGUGCAUUCGUGGGGUAUGGAAGAGCCUGAACAGCUCACAAGACCAGUACGGAUAGCUUUGUUUUCAGUUAUUCACUGUUGGUUUUCCAUGUGGAAGGACAGAAUUAUUGAACUUGUGAUUGAAGAAGAAGCAGGGCAUAUACUUAAAAUUAAUCCAGCUGCCUGGAGGCUUAGCAGCUGUUUGGGACUGUCAUUCCAUACCCAACGGAUAUUACAGGUAAUUGUUUUUCUAGAAAAUCCUAGUAGUGUGGUUGUCCCAUCAUGCAGGUCCUUGAUGAGAGAUCCCGCCUCAGUCUAACACACUGUUCCUUGUGGCCAUUGCCAGCACUUGUGUCCCUGAAAAGAACUGACUGGAAGUGCUGCUGUGUUCAGUGGCACAAGGGACUGUAUGUGUACUUCUCUCUCAGGCUGCCUGCAGUGCAGGAUGUUCUCUGGGCCAGGAGGAGACCCUCCACCUCGGCCUGGCCUUGAAAACCCCUGCCUCAGGAGUCCCAGUCUGACAUUAGAGCCAGAAAGAAGAGGAAGUGUUUAAUCUAUGUCCUGCUAUAGAGGGUCUUUUUGACUCUCUACCCUUUCACCUGUGUGGACUACGAUUUCACUCCCACGCUAGCAUGUGGAUGAUAAUGAAUGUACAAUUCUUUCCAACUGUCCCAGCACUGGUCAAAUAGCAGGCUACACAAAUGUCAGUGUGAGAUGGAGCUGUGGAAGAGAUGUAUCGCAGGAAAAGGCAUUUAGAAAAGAUUCUUGUGGCUCCUUGUUUUAAAAUGUGACUUAGUUAUGUCACAUUCCUCUUACUCAGUUUUUUUAAUGCCCCUUACUUUGGAAUCCUGGAUUUAUUCAUUUUAUGUUACAAAGCAACAAUAAAAAAAUUUUAUUAUUCAUUA